AUUCUCCUCCAUUAACAAAAGAGAGAGAACCUAAAAAGAAGAGAAAGAGAGAUCGGAAAUGUCGGUGACAUCAACGGUGGAGGAGAACCACCAGAAAAAUCCAUCAACGCCACCGGAGGAGGAGAAGAAGAAGAGGAGAUGGGUGUUUUGGGAUAGAAGGUGGAGGAGAUUAGAUUAUGUGAAAUUCUCAGCUUCUUUCACUGUUCAUUCUCUUGCUCUCUUGGCUCCGUUUUAUUUCACUUGGUCGGCUCUUUGGGUUACGUUUUUGUUUUACACCAUCGGUGGUCUUGGUAUCACCGUCUCCUAUCAUCGGAACUUGGCUCACCGGAGUUUCAAAGUCCCUAAAUGGCUUGAGUAUCUCUUAGCCUAUUGUGCCCUUCUCGCUAUUCAGGGAGAUCCGAUUGAUUGGGUGAGUACUCAUCGUUAUCAUCACCAGUUCACGGAUUCAGAACGUGAUCCACAUAGUCCCAAGGAAGGUUUUUGGUUUAGUCAUCUUCUAUGGAUCUAUGACUCUGCCUAUCUUGUUCAAAAGUGUGGAAGAAGAGCAAAUGUGGAGGAUUUGAAGAGGCAAUGGUUUUAUAGGUUUCUACAGAAAACAGUGCUGUUUCACAUUUUAGGAUUGGGCUUCAUUCUCUUCUAUCUUGGUGGCAUGUCCUUCGUCACUUGGGGAAUGGGGGUAGGAGCAGCGUUGGAAGUGCACGUGACUUGCCUCAUAAACUCACUCUGCCAUAUUUGGGGCACUCGAACUUGGAAGACCAAUGACACUUCUCGUAAUGUUUGGUGGUUAUCGGUAUUUUCAUUUGGAGAGAGUUGGCACAACAAUCAUCAUGCGUUCGAGUCAUCGGCUAGACAAGGACUUGAAUGGUGGCAAAUCGACAUUUCGUGGUACAUUGUUCGGUUUUUCGAGAUUAUCGGUUUAGCGACGGAUGUGAAAGUGCCUACGGAGGCUCAACGACGUCGUAUGGCUAUGGUUCGUUGAUGAAAUUGCGGGAGAGAGCAUAGAAAAAGGGAUCUAUUCUAUGUAAUUAGAAUAAUUUCUAAUCCUAAAA